AUGAAAAGAAAAAAAUUGAUCAGAUUAAUUGGGACAAAUCCGGAUUACUGUCGAUAUGUGAUAGAAACAUACUCAUUUAAGAAGUUCUCGAUAUCUCAAGGAUUCUCUCCUCAAGAUAUAAUUGGUAUAGCUAUUUUAUCAAAAAAUAUAAAUUUACUAUCAGAAGCAAUAUUAAAUUCAGCAAAGCCAGCAAAUUUACGUAUUAACAGAAAGCAUACAGACGCAAUUUCUUCAUUGAUUAAAGAAGAAAUUAAAGAUUCUUCUUUAUUUAUUGAUUUUUCUUCGCGAACUAGUGGUAUUCCAUUUGUAAACGAAGAAGUGGUUUGCGCUACAGCCUUUGCAGCAAGCCAAUCCGAAGUUUUCAUCGGUCAAAAUUCCGGAGUUAUUAAAGUCUUAAGUAUAUCGCAAUACGGCAAGCCAAUCGUCAAAUACAAUCUCUGGCGUAACGUUGGUGAUCAGCCAUACUCUCUUUGUUACGUUCACGAUUAUUUGUACUUAAUAACCGAAAAACAAGCUUUCCAGAUAUCAGUAGCUUCUAACAGAGUCAUAGAAAUACCAAACAAGCCAGAUACGCUUAUUCCGCCCGUUUGUACCGACGGACAUUAUUUUUACUCGGUUAGGAUCCUCGUAAGGAAAGGGAAGCUUGGAGUAUUUUCUUUUAAUAACGGGCAGUUCAUUUCCGAGCGAAAAUUGAUAUUACGAGGCACAAUUUCAGAUUUAUAUCAAGAAUUAAGAAUUCCUUUCAUUUCUGAUGGAAUGAGGAUUACCUUUGCAACGCCACGUGCCAAAUCAACACAUUUCAUCGAGUUCUCCCUCGAAUCUGGAAAUCUUAUUCGCGAUUAUACUACAAAUUGUCCAACAAUCAUCAAUUCAUGGUGUAUCAGGCCAUACAAGCUCGAACAUGUCGCUUUGACUAAUACAGAUGUCUCAUUUUUCAGAUCUUUCAUACAAACACCGAGAUGGCUCUUUACUGUUCCAUUUCCUUCUAAUCAGAUCUCAUUAGACCCAUAUACAGUCAUUUCAUCAGCAUUGUAUCAUGGUGCUCAUCUAUUUUACGAUGAAAAAUGUUCAAAUAUCUCAGAAUUAUUAAAUUUCUUCAACGAAAGGCAGUUUAUUGAAGGAAUUUAUAUGUGCGGAUUACUAUUACUAGACAAUGCUCCACAAAGGAACAUCGACCAGCCCGUAGAAGUGUUUGUAAGAAUAUAUUAUCAUACAGAUGAUCCUGUUUUGAAGCAUUUUUGCGUUUAUUUGUUUUUGUAUUGUUACUCAUAUAUCAACAAUACACAGAUGUACCAGGAAAUGAAUAUUCUUAAUGAUUAUAUUGAGAAAAAUUCACAAUUAGAUUUUAUUUGGUUUUUCCCAAAUUUGCUUGACUUCAAAUGCAUGAGAUUAUCUAAAUAUGCCAUAGAUAAACUCAUUCCUUACGUUUCUUCAAACGUUAGACAGUUUCCGCAAGAAUCAAUUUUUUUUAUGAGUAACUGCUGCGAGAAUUACAUAGAUAAGUUGAUAGACGCUGAUAACUUCGAGAACGCUUUGAUCCCCUUCAAGGCAAUCUGCAGAUCUAUUUUAGAAAGAAUAAAUUAUUAUUUGCCAUCAAUAAAAGACCCAUCGGAGUUCGUCCAAUCGCAACAUUUCCAACUAUGGAAAUACAUUCUUAAGCUAACUUAUAAAUUACAGGACCAUUGGCCGAGAUUUGCCCUUGAUCUUCUUGAAUUCUACCAAAACUUGCUCAUAAAGUACCCGGAAGAGAAUUCCCAGAACUCACAGUUAUUUAUUAUGCUCAAUAGAUCAUUGUAUCUAUUGAUAGGAAUCGUAUUAUCCGCUCCUUACCAAAGUGGCCGCCAUUUCUUCAGAGACCUUGAAACUUUUUACCAGAAAAAUCCACACCCACUCCACAGAGUCUCAUCUGUACUUGAUACGUACUUAUUUAAGUUAUUAUCGGAAUCAUACGACAUAACAAGCGAAAAGAUGUUUUGCAAACUGUUCUUUGAGAUCAGACAUAGGUUUUUGUUCCACAUUUACCCCUCAAAAAGCAUCUUAAAACACAUUCAAGACGUAGAAUCUCUUUCUUCUUUCGGAUUAAUGAGGUAUAUCCUCACGAAGAACAGAAAUGAUCUAUGUCCGAUGUCGGAUGUGUCAACACUAAGUGUCGUUAUGAAGAAUUUCGAAAAAUCAUCUUUCAAAUUAACAGAACAGCAACAAGUUGUCUUCAGUAUGUAUGCAGUACAGUUCUCUAAACGCUAUGAAGACUUCAUUAAGAUUGGAAAAGACGUUGUUGAGCAUUUCAUCAACUCAUUUUCUUUUCCUUUCUUCUUUCCACCGGAUGUCCUCAAGACUCUCAAGUUAUCUAUCAAAGUUGAAGACUUUGAGAACAUGAACGAUGAUUUAAUCAUCAAAUUUUUCAAUUCAUUAUUAGCGGUUUUUCCUCAACUUAACGAUAUCAACAUUUUCGUUAAGAGGUUCUUAAAGAAGGCCAUCAAUCCAGCAAAGUUUACGAACCAGUCUAACGAACAAGUGAGUUUUAAGGCCACAUUGUUAAUGUUACUCGCCGUUAAGUCAGGAGCGACCAUUGAUAUGAAGAAACACACGAUGUCAUUCUUAAAUUGCCUUGUAGGUUCUUCUCCACGUAUCAUUACUGUCAUGAUGAGGAUAAUAAUCGCAUUAGAUCGCGGAGGCUGCCAAAACCUCCAAGAUUUAUACGAAUUCUUGUUCACCAUUGUAUCACAGUACAUUACAGACAACAAAUCCAUAUUUGUUGGCCAGGCAGAGCUCUAUCAACCCCUACAAAGUUGUUUUAUCAUUAUUUCUCAUUUAAGAGAUUUGUUUAACACGAAAACUUCAUCGUUAUACAAAUACUUGGAGUCCAUCAUUCGCAAGAACAACAUUUCUCUUAGACCAGCAGUAUUCGCCAUCCUAAACAACAGUCUUGAAACAAUUAGAAGUGGCGUAAUCAUAAGAUUUAAUGAUAGAACAGAAAUUUACCAUGAAGGAAAAAUUUUGUCACGUAAACUUAACAGUUUUGACAUCGAAGUACAAGGACGAAAAGAGACAUAUUCAUUGUUAGACUGUUCAAAGUUAUGGUGCGAACCUAUCAUUAAAGUUGACCUCAAAUUGAUCAAUGAUUUUUCAUUGUAUUACGCGCUAUUUGCGAAUUCAGAAAAAGAAAUUUCUGACACAGUAGAAGUUUUCAAAUUAGCAUCAUUGUAUUGUUUCCUUCAAGUACCAACAUUCAUCAACUAUUGUUCCAAAGAUUUCUUUAUAAACAAUAGUAUUGAUGACAUAAAAAUCGAAAGAAUCAAACCAGAAGAGAGAUUCCAAGAUUUUUAUUAUUCAUUGAUGAUUAAUUCCCAAAAUUGUUCCCAAUUCGAGUUCGUUUCUCACGACAACACGGUAGAAGAUGUUCCUAUCAGUAUACUCACGAAAAACUUUGUCAAUGACUCAUUCGUUGACAAGCGAAAAGUCUUCUCAGGAAUGAUGACAACAAUGGAUGAAGGAAAUUCUUUUCUUUCAAAUCCUUUGCAUCCAAAUACAAAAUUUACUGUCACUUUUUUGAUUUAUCCAUCUUUAGGAACACGACAACAACCAACAAUGUGUAUCAAACUGUGUGCUUAUUCCAAGACAAUGGAUUGUUUGUUGGAAUCACCGAGAGUUACUGUUAUUAAUGUCGAUGACAACAAACCAAUGAAAUUUGAAGUGAUUUACGAUCCGGAAUCGAAAAUGUACCAGUUUAUGACAGAUGGAAACGAACAGGAAAGUGGAGCAAUAUCUCCUUCAUGUCAUUUAAUGUUUUUAAGUGUUGAUUUGCAUCCGAUGAUGGUUGUUGAAUAUUCUUUGAAUUGCGACCAAAAAAUUUACUUCGCAAACAAAACUGUUCCUUUAAGUAACUACAAGAUGAGAGUUUCCGAAGUAAAUGUUGAAGUUCCAAUUACUGAUUCAUGUAUCUUUAAUAAGGCAGAGUUGACAAUUCAGGCAAACUAUAUCUCGAGAUGUUUCAAACAAAUGAUUUAUUUGGAAAUAAUGAAACAAAGAAAAAUGAAUUUGCCCGCAAAAAUUUUACUCAAUUUCUUCGCUUCUUUGAAUUCUACUGAAUCUGGUUUGCCUCUCUCAUUGGAUAAAAUACAAUUGUUCGAAACAUGGCUUUGUAACGAAAAAUGUUUAUUUAAUUCACUUAAAAAUAUGACAUGUAAAGUGUCAGAUUUGAUACAAGUCGUCUCUCAGAAAUUUGAUAGUUUGUCAGAUUCAGGAUUUAAUCCUGAAGGAUCCACUGCAUUAGUUGUUCCUCCUGGCGUUUUCCUAACUGUGAUGAAUUCCUAUGUUAUCACUGGUUCGAGUUAUUAUGAAGUUGGAUUGACGACGAAAACGAUUACGACGAAAACUUUGACAACUUUUAUUCCUGUUUAUCUUUGUAAUUCAGAUUUUUCAUUUGUUUUUGCACAAAUGCAUUAUAUCAUUUGUUUGAUGCUGAGAGAUAACAAUUAUGAUUUCUCUGAGCUUCUUGAAAUGAUCAACAAAUACUCCCAGAAACUGCAACCGUUCACUCAAUUGUUUGAUUCAUACAAAAGAUUGAUUGAACUCAUUUGUCCGCCAAUUCCGGCCAAAAACAUCUUUCCCGAAAUUCACAAGUAUAUGCCUGCUUUUUUACUUCAUGAAUCGCUUGUUCACAAGCAUCCUUUGGAGUUCUUGGUUCCUGCAUUGGUUUUGACAACUUAUAUACCAAGUCAAACAAAAGAAAUCGUUCCGAAAUUUCAUCAUUCUUCAAUGAUUUUCAUAAGAAGUCAUGGAAAAGUGACAAUAACCGUAGAAUCCUCUCAAAAAACAAUUUCUCUUAAUGAUGGAGAGUAUUUGACCUUGAAUAGUAGUUUCAAAGCCAAUUAUGAGAACUCUGACUGUUAUUUGGCCAUAACUGAGUUACCAAACAUUAAUGAAAUGACAAAUGAGAUUCAAAAGUGGAUGCCGCAUCAUAGCCAUUGUUUGUUUGCAUCAUUCCCGAACCAUAUAUCUAAAGAUGAUUACCGCUAUAAUCCUUUAAGCUCAAAAUUCUCAUUUGAUACAGCAGAUUUCUUAUUUAACGUUACAAGAAUGGUCGGUGAUGAAACUCUGCAUCAGUUAACACUGCAUAUGAUAGAUAUGAGUUAUCCAAAGCUUGAAGAACUCGCAGAUAUCAACAAAUGCAGAAUAAUUGCAGAUUCAUCGAAGAAUUCACCAUUAAGAGUCAAAGUUAUCAACACAAUUAGUGGUAGUGCCAAGACACAAAUAGAUCCUGACCAAUUGAGGCUUUCUUACGCUAUUAAAUUGUUUGAUAACAAAGAAACAGCGUAUUUGAUCAAUGUUCUGUUUCCAAUCAUUAAGUGUAACAAGAAGAAGAGCCAUUCAUUGCAAUGGCUUAAGUCUUUCAUGAAAGGUUCCUCUCCACAUGUUAUUUUCAUGCUUCUUGACUAUAUAACAGGAAUUUUCGGGCCAUUAUCAAUAGCUGAGAAACCAAUAUUUGUCUGGAUUUCGCAAGAUCCUAAUUUGAUUGAUGUUCAUCGAGAUGAAAGAAUUUUAAUUCUCGGAAAGUUUGAGAAGAAAGAAGAUUUGAAGGCCAAAUUACUGUAUAACCUUCAAGAAUACUCUGAUUCAUUGUUUUAA